GCCCCGCACGGCCAAAGCCGUCCGGCCCGGCCCGGCCCCUCACACCCAGCACGACCCGAACCAGGCGGGACCUGUCCGGAGCGGCGGAGAGGCAGAAGUGUCCCUAGAAGAUGGGUGACUGGGGGUUCCUGGAGAAGCUGCUGGACCAAGUCCAGGAGCACUCGACGGUGAUCGGGAAGAUCUGGCUCACCGUGCUCUUCAUCUUCCGCAUCCUCAUCCUGGGCCUGGCCGGGGAGUCCGUCUGGGGGGACGAGCAGUCGGAUUUCGUCUGCAACACCAAGCAGCCAGGCUGCACCAACGUCUGCUACGACAAAGCCUUCCCCAUCUCCCACAUCCGCUACUGGGUGCUCCAGUUCCUCUUCGUCAGCACCCCGACCCUGAUCUACCUCGGCCACGUCGUGUACCUCUCCCGGCAGGAGGAGAAGCUGAAGCAGCAGGAGAGCGAGCUCCGGGCUGUGCUUAGCAAGGACCCCAAGAUCGAGCAGGCCCUGGCAGCGGUGGAGAAGAAGAUGUCCAAGAUCUACGUGACCGAGGACGGGCGGCUCAAGAUCCGAGGGGCGCUGAUGUGGACGUACAUCAUCAGCGUGGUCUGCAAGAGCAUCUUCGAGGCUGGCUUCCUGGUGGGGCAGUGGUACCUGUAUGGCUUCUCCAUGCUGCCCCGCUACGUGUGCGAGAGGGACCCCUGCCCCCACCAGGUGGACUGCUUCAUCUCCCGCCCCACCGAGAAGAGCGUCUUCAUCAUCUUCAUGCUGGUGAUGGGCCUGAUCUCCUUAGUCCUGAAUCUCCUAGAGCUUUUCCACCUCUGCUGCAAGAACCUCUUUAGCAACCUCAAGAAGGUGUCGAGGCCGGCUGGUCCGAGCCAGGACACCUUUGCUGACAACAUGGCCUCGGGCCCCUAUGCACCCAAGCACUACCCCUUCCUGCCCGUGGCCGACAGCCACACACCACCCUACCAGGCCUACAACAAGCUCUCCAGUGAGCAGAACUGGGCCAACUUCCACAAUGAGGAGAAUCUGGCACUGGCCAGCAGUAGCAGACCCUUGUCGGACCCCUAUGCCCCCAGGACUGCUGAAGCCCCUGCCCUGGAGGAGAAGCUGUGCAGCCGGCCCGGGAGCUCAGCCUCCAAGAAGCAGUAUGUCUAGUGCCAGGCUGGCCACAGCUGGCUGAGGGGGGGCCUUUCUUGAUCCCUUGUGCCUGCAAAGGCAGCUGCCUCCUGCCCAGUGCCACAUAGGUGGGCCCUGCUCUGGAGGUUGUUCCCACCUCGACCUGCCCAAUUCUGGGAUGCAAUGCUCAGGAGUGGGACUGAGUGCUGCCCUGGAGCCUCUGCUCCCUCCUCUUUUCCCCACAGACCCAGCAAGGAAGGAAGCUGCAGAUAGUUCCCCGGGACGCUGUGUCCCAUGUGCCUUGCCGUGGGAAAGGGAAAAAUCUCUGGAGCCAUAGGCUGGGAACAAGCUGUCCCCAGAGCCGUGGCUGGAGGCUGCUGCCCUUUGGGGUCUGCGGCUCAGCCAUCUCCCGGCUCUUGCCGGAGCCCUCGCUGGUGUGAGAGCCAGGAUGUGGCCGUGGGAAGCCACUCGCCUCCAGCCCCUGCACGGAGCAGGCUCAGCCCGGGGUAACUCCUGGCCGGCAGCCCUGUGCUGUUCCUGUGACCUCGGCAUGGAGCCAGUGGGACCAGCAGCUCCUGCCCGGGGCUUACUGCAGGCGCUGCCUCCUCCCCAUGGGGCACGGAGGGGUUAAGCCACCAGCAGCUCCCAGCUGGGGCUCUGCAGUGCCCAGCUGAUCCCGAUGGCUGCAGGGUCACCCCUCGGCUGCCCUAGGAGUGUGAGCCCCACCUCAGCCUCCUGGCCCUGGAUCCUUUCCCAUCUGGUUUGUGCCUCUUAAGUUAUUUUUAACCCACUGGCCUGAGCAUGGAGCUUCUGCCUUAAAGGUGCAGUUGUGUGGGGAUCUGGGAAGCUGUGUCCAGCCUGGGCCAUGCACCCACCAGCCUUGUGGGUUGGGUGGGAGGAAUUAGCCUGGCAGCUGCUGUUUUGGGGGGAGUUAUUGGUUUUAUGACUUUGUACAGGUCAUGUCCUGCUGGGGGCUCAGGUGCUGGGAGGGGAAGGGACAGGAUGGAAGAACCAAUCACAGCCAUGAGAGUUGUUCCAGCUUCUCCAGGCCACGAUGCUAUGAAAGGGCAGUGCCCUGCCCUGACCAAGGAGCUGUGGGUCCUGUGUGACCCAGGCAGGAGCGUGGGAUGUGGGCACUGCCCUCAGUGCUGUUUCCUUCCCUCCCUGGCAGACUCAGUGUUACAUCUUGUUGAAUAAAGUUG